UGAUUCAAAACUGAAAACAAAAAAAUGAAAAUAAGAGAUAAAAACCAAAUAAAGAAGUGCUAUUUAAAUAUCUUCAGUGGAAUUUUCUUGGCUCUGCAUUUCAUGCUUUUGGCAUUUGGCUUGUGGCUUUUAUUUGACAGAAACAAUUUCUUUGGUGUUUUUUUUUUUCUCAUUUCUUCAGUCAAGAACUGGCCAGUGACAUACCUUUCUUGUAUAAAACUUGGCAUUGGAGCUGUUUUUACUUUUAUAUCAGCCGUGGGAUUCCUUGGUGUUGUGGAAAUCAAAUGUCUGCUGGUUACAUAUAUGAGUUUUCAAAUCCUGGUAUUUGUAAUGCAGAUGGCAAUAUUGGUGCUAAUAAUGAUGAAAAAAAGGAAACGGGUUCACAAUCAAUGGAACAGCAGAAUUGAUGAUUUUAUUUCUGAAUACAGGAUUGAGAGUCUGACUGAGCAGGAAUCUGUGUGAAACAUUCUGAAUGCUAUGCAGCAUGAUAUGGAAUGCUGUGGAAGGUACAGUGCCACACAGUGGGAAAGGAACUAAACAAAGAAAAAUAAUAAGUUCCCAUGUCCAUGCACAAAAUCCAAUCUAAAGAAAUGGUUUUGUGAUGUCCCAACGGAUUCAACAUACAGCGGAUUUGAAGAACAUUUGAAUACAUAGUUUGAAAACAAUCCUCUUACCUUAGUCAAAAUUACUAUCAGCCUACUAACCACACAGGAAAGACUACUUCUAAGCAAAAAACCCACAAAAUACUGGUAUUUUUACUGGGAGUAA